GAUCAGACAACUUUUGAAAGCCACCUGCUUAGCUGAUGGGGUGCAUUCAAUUCUCAGGGGCAAACAGGCAUGUCGACAGGCAAUCGAAAAAAAAUAAAGAACUAGGAGGAGCCCCCAUAUCUGUGGAUAUGACCCUGCUAUCGAAAAAUUUGUUUGUCAGGGUAGUUCAUCCAGGUGGGGAAGAAGAGUCGUAUCAAACUGCAAUUCCUGCAUCUCAGAUGAUGGACAGGUACACGGGGAUGUGUGUUGCACGACCAGAAGUUUUCAAAAAUCCUCAUGAUUCCCUUUUACAGCCAGAAGAGAAACUGUUGCCCGGUCAGAAAUAUCUCUUGAUUCCAUUAACUACAGUCCAGAAACUCACGCGUAGACACCAAGAGACAGUUGAAGUCAAUGAAGCUACUGAAGAUACAUCAGAUGCUAGGAUCACUUGGGACGUCAGUAGUGAAAAUUUGGAGGAAUCAGUUUAUUCUGCAAAAGACUUCUAUGUCUCCAGAGAAAAGAGCUCAAGACUCUUGACAAGAAGAAAUGGAAGAAUAAAGAAACCCUUUGUACCACCCCUUCCGAAGGUAAGAGCUUGUCACACUUUGGGAUGGGAGCCCAAUCUAACUUCCAUUCAAGAAAUUUCUCCAUGAUUUGUCUCUCUCUCUCUAAAGGCUCUCACCACAAGGUGUCGUGGCAUGCUUAUCAGCAAGAAGUUGAAUUGCUCAUGCAUCAUGUUGACUGCAUGUGAAGUUUGAAAGCGAAAUAUUUGAAUAAACUGGAACUGUGCCAUAAAUAUUUGUUUUAUAUUCUAUGGUGCUACUUCCGCAUUGGUGAAACCUCCUGUUUCUAAAGAGGGUGCUUAAACUACUUUUGAUUUGGAGACUCCCAAAGUCAUCUGUGUAUCUUGUAAGUAUCAUAUCAUCAUGUUUGUUUUAAGGUCAUUGUAGUGAUCUUCGUCUUAGCUGAGUUUGGGAAAGAAGGGAUGAUGUAUUCUGAAACCACUCCGAGAGUUGGUGAUUGAAUAGCCAUAGAAAUAGAAUCAGAUCCUUGGUCUAUGUAAGAUUUCAAGUUAUGUAUUUCAAAAAAAAAAAAAAAA